AUGAGCUCUCCUAGAUUUGGACUACGGCAGCAUAGCAAAAGCUUGGUGCUUUCUCAACCAAUAUUGAAUAUUCUGCAUUCCAUCAGUGAGAUUUCCAAACUCCCCACAUUCAAAUCCAAGUUGCGUGGAUACUACAAACGAUUCUACAAACUACGAAAUUUCGAGUGCACUCCCAGAUUGUUUCAACAUGAAGACUACACCCAAACAAGAGAUGAAGUCACUCCAAUAGAGUAUAUUGCCCUAAUACGUCGUACUUUCCGUAAGGUAGACUACAAUUUAAAACGUGAAAAGUUUCUUUCGUUACCACCACUUGACGAUGCAGAAUUGGAAAAACGUAUACAAAAUACAUUAGCAUUUGUAUUCAACCAUACUGUAGAGUUGCAGAACCCACAUGCUGAUGAACUCGUGGUGACCAAAAAAGACGAGGAACGAACGGCAAUUGAUACGAUGGAAAGUAAAAUUUUGAGCACGAUUUUGAAAAUGGAUAUGACUGCACCAGCGAAUAUCAAAUAUGAUUUUAAAUUCGCGUGGUUAGAUGACUUGAAUGAGAAAGCGAAGUUGGCCAGAAAGGGGAAAAAGGACCCCUUCACUUACAAAGAUGAGUUUCCAAUUAAUUACAAAAUUUACUUGACAACUUUAAUGAGAAUGAAUGAAACUUUGCAAUUGUGCUUUUAG